AUGGCUGCCCCCAGUGUUCUUACUUUUGAUGAUGAGGGCCGUGCCGUUGACUUUGAGGUCUGGGUUGAUGACCUCCAGCUGGGUGUUCCCCCUACCCCCUCUUGCCCUCUGUUGCCUCUGCUGCUGCGGCCGACCUCGUUGGUUUCGAGUCGGUCGGCGCUGCGUCUGCCCCGAGCGGGAGACGCCGCACUGGCAAGGGCAAGGGAGGCAAGGGCGCUGGAGGGGCUGGCGGGGGCGGUGGAGGUGGUGGUGGAGGCAGUGGAGGGGGUGGGGGUGGUGGUGGGAGUGGUGGCGGGGGUGGAGGUGUCGGUGGCAGCAGUGGAGGCGGAGGAGGCGGCGGCGGUGGCGGAGGGAGUGGAGGCGGCCGAGGUGGUGGAGGCGGCGGAGGCGGCGGAGGUGGCGGAGGCGGCGGCGGCAGCAGUGGACCUGGUCGCAGCUCUGCGCAGAGGAGUGGCUCCGGUGGUGCGCGGUGGGGGUACGGGUCCCUGCACCUACGUUCUCCGCACCGGCGACCGCGCUGGUGAGCAGUGCGGGGGCCCGCACUCCACCCAGCGCUGCUUCGGCCGCCUGACGGACGCGUGGCGUCACCAGUUCCCUGAGGCCUCUGAGAUCCCUCACUGGGGAGAGCUGUCUAGGGCGGGGGUUGCUAUCUUUGAUCUUGAUUUUGAUGCUAUUCUUGUUGCCAUGUAUGCUGUUGCUGAUAGUGUUGAGGGUGACUGUUACCUGUGUGUUCCGCCUGACCCGGGCAUUGAGCCUGCUGCUCUAGGUGCUGGUGAGGCUGUUGCUCUAGGUGCUAGCGCGUCUGCUGCCCCAGGUGCUGGUGAGUCUGCCCUCUCAGGUACCACGUCGGCUCAGGCCUUACACACCUUCACCUUUGACUCGGGUGCUUCCCGCUCCUUCUUUCGAGACCGCACCACACUUACGCUGCUUAGUCGGGCGGUUGCGGUCUCCCUGGCGGACCCCUCUGGGGGUCCUGUCCUUGCUCGCUUCUCCAAUGACUUACCGUGUCCGGCAGCCCCCUCUGGCACCCUGUCAGGUCUCUACCUCCCCUCGUUCUCUACGAACUUGGUGAGUGGAGCUGAUCUACAGGAUAGGGGGGUUGACCAGUUCACUCCUGCGAGACAGCGGGUGACCCACUGCACGUGUGCUCGGACAGGUCGACACUUGGCCAAGUUCACCCGUCGGCCGGGGUCGAGCCUGUACACCCUCACUACUGAGUCUCCUCCGGCUGACAAGCCUGGUCAGGUCGCUGCGUCGAGUCAGUCUCUCCCUCCCCUACCUCCGGGGCCUACCCCUACCUGCGUCCCCUGCGUCGAGGGGCGACAGCGCGCCGCCCCUCACUCCUCCGAGUUUCCUCCGGCAGAGGCUCCGUUGCAGACUCUUCACAUGGACGUGUGGGGCCCCGCCCGCGCGCGUGGCCAGGGGCACGAGCGUUACUUCCUGUUGGUGGCUGACGACUACUCGCGUUACACCACGGUCUUCCCCUUGCGCAGCAAGGGUGAAGUCACAGAGGUGUUGAUUGAUUGGAUCUGCGCAGCUAGUCUCCAGCUCAGAAAGAGUUUCGGCUCGGACUUUCCUGUUCUGCGUCUGCACUCUGACAGAGGCGGGGAGUUUUCCUCUGCUCGUCUGGGAGCCUUCUGUCGAGCACAGGGCAUCCGCCAGACCUUCACGCUUCCGGCCUCUCCACAGCAAAAUGGGAUUGCUGAGCGCCGCAUUGGUAUGGUCAUGGACGUCGCUCGUACGUCCAUGAUCCAUGCGGCUGCCCCCCAUUUUCUGUGGCCGUUUGCAGUUCAGUACGCGGCGCAUCAGCUCAACCUUCAGCCCCGGGUCUCCUUGCCAGAGACCUCCCCCACCUUGCGGUGGACGGGGAAGGUUGGCGAUGCGUCUGCGUUUCGGGUCUGGGGAUCUCGGGCGUUUGUCCGCGACUUGUCUGCGGACAAGCUGUCUCCCCGUGCUAUUCCCUGCGUCUUCCUUGGCUUCCCCCCUGAUGCGCCUGGUUGGCAGUUUUACCACCCCACCUCGCGCCGUGUUCGGUCCUCCCAGGACGUCACCUUUGACAAGUCGGUGCCUUACUACCGUCUCUUCCCCUACCGCGCUGCGCCCCUUCCCCCGCCGCCGCUCUUCCUUGUGCCAGGUCCUCCCCCGGUAGACCCCCUCCCCCCUCAGGGUCCUGCCCCGUCAGGUGUGUCCCAGGUAGACGCAGUCGAGCCUGUCGAGGUAGCUGUUGACUCUGGUGCUGCUAGAGGUGCUGAGCCUGCGGGUGCCGGGUCUGGAGGUGCUGAGCCUGCGGGUGCUGAGUGUGGGGGUGCUGAGCCUGGGGGUGCUGAGCCUGGGGGUGCUGAGCCUGGGGGUGCUGAGUCUGGAGGUGCGGAGCCUUUGGGUGCGGAGCCUGGGGGUGCGGAGCCUGGGGGCGCUGGGUCUGCUCGUGUGACCGCCGGCGGUGCCUCGUCGAGGUGGGAGCCACUCUCUCCGCAGGAGCUGCGCGAGUGGUUUGCCCGGCGCUGGAGCCGUGCUGCUGGACCUGGAGGCACUACUGUUGCUGCUGGUUCCGGAGGUGCUCGUACUGGCGGUGCUGGAGUUGCUGGGCCUGGGGGUGCUGCUGGGGCUGCUGGCGGUACUGGAGCUGCCGGUCCUGCUGGAGUUGGUGCUGUUGGAGCUGUUGGAGCUGGAGCUGCUGGGGGUGUUGGCGCUGGUAGUUCUGCUGGCGCUGGUGCGUCUGAGGGUGCUGGAGUUGACGCUGUUGGAGCUGGAGGUGCUGCUGGCGCUGGUGCUGCCGCUGGUGGUACUGGUGCUGUCCCUGCUGGUUCUGGAGGCGCUGCGCAGCCGUGGCCGUACUUCGUUCCGCUCCUUGAACAUGUUCUUGGUCUCCCGCCUUCUACUGGUCCUGCUCCUCCCUUAGAGUGUCCACAGCCUGUCCAGUCGCAGUCACAGUUACAGCCCGCCUCCCCUCUACCUGUUCCUUCUCCCUACAGUGGUCCCACAGGAGGUCUUGCUGAGCGUCGUGAGCAUGCGUCUCGUCCUGCGUCGCCUGUUCGUGCUGCUCGCACUGGUGGUCGUACUGCGCGUCCGCGUCCUCCUGCGGUCCCAGGCAGAAACCAGAUGGCACUGCGUCCUUCCACUGCUCCUCUGCGUGUCCCGUUGCCGUCUCCUCCAGAUUCCUCUCUUCCUGUUCUCCCUGACUCGGCCUCUGACUCUCUUCGUGCUGCCAGUCCUACUGUCACGCGUCUCCUGGCCACUGUUGUCACUGACCCUUCCUUUGAGUCCACUACUGCGUCUCACUUAGUGGCUGAGCUUGUCGACUUCGCUGCUCGUUGUCGUCUAGACUACGCCACUAGUCUUGUUGCUGAGUCCGAGUAUGUCUGUCCUCCGUCCGUCGGGGGUGGGUGUGCUCUUAGCACGGACGUCCUUGAGGACAGGCAGGAGGAGUUCCAGUGUUUUGCUGCUGCUUUGCCUCAUCUCGUGUCCCUGCUGAUUGCCCCUGAGGGAGACCCGGAUGCACCAGACAUCCCGACUCCUCGAUCGUACGCUGAGGCGAUCGAGGGUCCCUACUCCUCUCAGUGGCAGUCAGCCAUGGACGCAGAGAUGGCUUCCUGGAAGUCCACAGGCACCUACGUCGACGAGGUUCCCCCACCUGGGGCGAACAUCGUCAGUGGCAUGUGGAUUUUCAGGGUGAAGCGGCCGCCAGGUUCUCCGCCUGUCUUCAAGGCGCGUUACGUGGCUCGAGGCUUCAGUCAGCGGCAGGGAGUUGACUACUUUCAGACCUUCUCUCCCACCCCGAAGAUGACCACUCUUCGGGUGCUGCUGCACAUAGCCGCUCAGCGCGACUACGAGCUUCACUCUCUUGACUUCAGCACAGCUUUCCUGCAGGGCAGCCUGCACGAGGAGAUCUGGCUGCGCCACCCACCUGGCUUCACUGGGUCGUUUCCUCCUGGUACCCAGUGGAGCCUCCAGCGGCCAGUCUACGGUCUCCGCCAGGCGCCCCGUGAGUGGAUCGACACACUGAGGACCAUACUUGCGGCUUUUGGGUUUGCUCCUUCUACAGCCAACCCGUCGCUGUUUCUGCGCACCGACACCUCUUUGCCGUCGUUCUACAUCCUCGUGUACGUCGACGACUUGGUCUUUGUCACUGCUGACACUGCUGGACUCGCCCACGUGAAGUCCGAGCUGCAGAAGAGACACACGUGCACUGACCUGGGUGAACUGCGCAGCUACCUUGGCUUGCAGAUCACCCGGGACAGAGCACGCCGCACCAUUACCCUGACUCAGUCACACAUGGUGCAGCAUGUCCUUCAGCGCUUCGGCUUCACACACCGACUACAGCACAUGGCUGCAGCGAAGAGGGUGUUGCGCUACGUGUGCAGUACGUCGGGCAUGGGGCUAGUGCUUGGAGGGCGACGUCGAGUGGUCCUCACAGAUCACGCUGACGCUUCUUGGGCUGACGACCAGCCGACACAGCGGUCGUCACAGGGUUACACCUUCAGCCUUGGCUCCGGCUCUGUUUCGUGGCGGUCUACCCGCUCGUCUUCUGUUCUCACCUCCAGCUGUGAGGCUGAGAUCUACGCGGGGGCCAUGGCUGCACAGGAGCUACGCUGGCUCACCUACCUGCUGACUGACCUAGGAGAGCCGCCUCGUUCUCCUGCAGUUCUGUACGUAGACAACAAGGCCAUGCUGGCCUUGUGUCGGGAGCACAGACUGGAGCAUAGAACGAAGCACAUUGCUCUUCGCUACUUCCUGGCUCGUGUGCUGCAGCAACGUGGUCAGCUCCGCCUCACCUACGUGGCCUCUGAGUCCAACACUGCUGAUAUCUUCACCAAGGACCUUCCGCCUUGUGAUCAUCAGCGCUUCUGUGCUAUGCUAGGCAUAUAUGCUAUAGUCUGUGCGAGUGCUUCUCGUGUAACCCAUAGCGCGCCUCUCUUAGCACGUCACCGGCUUCACGCUCACCCUCUGCUGGCCUUACUUGCUGCUCUGUCCCCCUCGUUCCCCCCUCUCCUUCCCCUUGUUUCCCCCUCUGCUCCCCCUCGUUCCCCCCUCUCCUUCCCCUUGUUUCCCCCUCUGCUCCCCCUCGUUCCGCCCUCUCCUUCCCCCCUCUGCUCCCCCUCGUUCCCCCCUCUCCUUCCCCUUAUUUCUCCCUCUGCUUCCCCUUGUUCCCCCCUCUCCUUCCCAUCAUUUUCCCUUCUGAUCCCCUCUGUUCCCCCAACUCCUACCCCUUGUUUCCCCCUCGGCUCCCCCUCGUUCCCCCCUCUCCAUCCCAUCAUUCCCCCCUCUGCUUCCCCUCGUUCCCCCUCUCCAUCCCCUGAUUUCCCUCCCCUUUCCCCCACUGCUCCCUGUCAUCACCUCCCCUGCUCCCUCUCAUUACCUCCCCUGCUCCCUCUCAUCACCUCCCCUGCUCCCUCUCAUUACCUCCCCUGCUCCCUCUCAUUACCUCCCCUACUCCCUCUCAUCACCUCCCCUGCUCCCUCUCAUCACCUCCCCUGCUCCCUCUCAUUACCUCCCCUGCUCCCUCUCAUCACCUCCCCUGCUCCCUCUCAUUACCUCCCCUGCUCCCUCUUAUUACCUCCCCUGCUCCCUCUCAUCACCUCCCCUGCUCCCUCUUAUUACAUCCCCUGCUCCCUCUCAUCACCUCCCCUGCUCCCUCUCAUUACUUCCCCUGCUCCCUCUCAUUACCUCCCCUGCUCCCUCUCAUCACCUCCCCUGCUCCCUCUCAUUACCUCCCCUGCUCUCUCUCAUCACCUCCCCUGCUCCCUCUCAUUACCUCCCCUGCUCCCUCUCAUCACCUCCCCUGCUCCCUCUCAUCACCUCCCCUGCUCCCUCUCAUCACCUCCCCUGCUCCCUCUCAUCACCUCCCCUGCUCCCUCUCAUCACCUCCCGUGCUCCCUCUCAUUGCCUCUCUUCUCAUCUUUUCGCCCUCUGCUUCCCCUCGUUUCUCCCUCUCUUUCCCUUCAUUAG